AUGGGGUUGGGAACCCCUAGUCUGGAACCCCACAGCCAAGCCCUGACCUAUCAAGGAACCAGGGGUUCAGGAGGAUCCAGGAAGGAGAGGACCACAUCAGGCUCCAGGGUGAACCUCUCACAGGGAACUCUCUUCCAGGACUGUCUGGGCCCCAAGACACGAGUGCGGGCAGAGCGCAGUGAGCCCCUGGAGCUGGUGGUGACAGGAGUCUCCAGCAAUCCCAGCCUCUCAGCCCUGUGGCACAGGUGGAUGUUCAGACGCUACAGCUAUGACAGGAGGAAGCCCCAGGUGUGGUCAGAGCCCAGUGAUGUCCUGCAGCUCCUGUUCUCAGGCGAGAAUGUCCUUUCUUUGUCCCAAACUUGUGCCGACUUCCCCCUGGGCCCUGGAGUGGCUACCACAGGGGGCCAUUACAGAUGCUACGGUGGACACAGAAUCUCCUGUAAGUGGUCGGCCCUCAGUGACCCCCUGGACAUCCUGAUCACAGGACAGCUCCCGGGCACACCCUCCCUCUCGGUGCAGCCGGGACCCACGGUGUCCUCAGGAGAGAGUGUGACCCUGCUGUGUCAGUCACAGACCCCAGUGGACACUUUCCUUCUGUCCAAGGAGCGGACAGACAAUCCACUCCUGCAUUUGACAACAGAGUCCCCAGCUCAGCAGUCGCAGGCAGAAUUCUCCAUGAGAGCUGUGAGCUCAGCCCUCGGGGGGACCUACAGGUGCUAUGGCUCUCACAGACCCUUCCCCCACCUGUUGUCACAGCCCAGGGACCCCCUGGAGCUCACAGUGUCAGGUAAGCUGCCUGUGAUCCCAGCAUAGCUGAGCUCCGGGUUGCUCUGACCAUUUCUCUGCGCAACCCUGGGCUUGGUGAAUGUGAGAGGUUCAGGGAGAACUGACAAGAAGUGGACUCUUCCUAGGUAUGUCAUUGCCACCCAUCCUUCCUGUGUAGAAUGUUCCCUCUGGGCAGAGACCACAGCACAGGUAGAUUAGAGGGUAGAGGUCCAUUCCUGGGCAAGCCCAUCCCCGCCCCCUCUGAAGUCCUUCCCUCCAGGGACAGCCUCACCCCCUCCCUCAGCACCCAGCUCUACAGCAGGACAACCUCGGGCUCUGUUCCACUGUCCAGUGUCCAGGCUGCCUAGAGACUCUCAACCCACCUCGGUCCUGGUUCCAAUCUCGGCUGUGCUGGUGUCCAGGGACAGAGAAGUGGAAAUGGAAUCUAGAUAUCCAGAGGUUCAGUAUAUAGCCUGCAUGGGGUGGUUUGAAAGCUGAGGGGAAUGUGGGGUACAGCCUGGGAGAGGAGCAGCAGCUGAAAUGAGGAACAAGGAGCACAGCCCCUCACCUCCCCAUCCCUGAGAGGAGGCCCUCACCAUCAGCCCCUCACGCGAGAGUCUGGACCCCAGGGUG